GUCAGAUUCUUGGGCAGCGAUUGUGCUGGGCUGGGCGAGGUGUGGCGGACUAGGGCUGGGGCUUGGGUUGGGGUGCGGUGGGCGGUUGGAAUGAUCGGGGCGGAGGUGGUUCAAUGGCAGUGGUGGGCGACUACACUCAUUGGCCAGGUGAGCAGUCAGUCACUCGUCGGGGUUGGUCGUGCAGUCACUCAUCGGGGCGGCGGUAGGAGUCACUGUGGCGGUGGAGUGACUUUGACCGGAGUCACUGAGAUAGUGACUGGCGGAGGCGGCGGUGGCAGAGGCGGCGGUGCCGGUGAUGGCGGCUGCGGUGCUGGGGUCGGCGGCUAGAGAGGUGCUGGUGGCUGCGGGACUACUAAAAAUAAAAAGAAUAUUAAUUUUAUUAUUAUUUAAAUAAUAAAUGUAUGAUUAAAUAAAUAAAUAAAUGACUUUUAGUCACUUUUUUGGAAAAAUUUAAAACAAGUCACAUUUUUAUCUUUUUCAUUCAUUUUAUUAAUAUUGAAAUAAAAGGGUCUUUUUAGAUUUAGAUUUUUUUUAACUAGAUCCAAGUUUUGAAAUUAAGAUCUCACGGGUUUUUAUAUCUUUUAUUUAUUCGUUGAAUUUCCAUUAAAAGAAAUCUUCUUUGGGAUUAUUCCGAAAUUCACUAGCUCCGUUUGAUAGUGUCAAACUUCUUCGUGGCUAUUCUGAAAUACAAUAUUUUCCACAAUCAUUCUCCAUUAAUAAAUCAAAUUAUCUACCAAUUUAUAAGUCCGUUUUGACCCUUUUUUCAGGUUAUCAGGCUUAUCAGCCAACUUUUUCACCAAACACGUAACUUUUGUUUUCACGAGAUGAAUUAUGUAAUAAUAAGAAAAAGUAAGGUUGAAGUUACUUUUUUGGCUGUAUUGGCUGAAGUUACUGUAGAGAAUCAUUUUAGCUAUUUUUUCAUAUAAUUUUUUCUUUAUUUUAUUAGUACAAAACAUUUUAAAUAUUUUUUUAUAAAUCAGCAGAAUCAGCCAACACGACCACUACCACUCCAGCCAGAAUUUCAUAAAUUUCAGCAAAAUCAGCGGAUACGGCCCAAACAGGUUCUAUAUUAAAAUUGGGUAUUCACUCCAACAAUUCAAUUUUUCUUUACGGUCCACAUGUUUAAUAUAUUCACAUCCGCAUAUUUUCAUAAUUUAAAUUCUUACGUUUAUUAUUACGUAUCAAUUUUUGUGCAAAUACUUUUUACAAGUAGUUAUGAUUUAAAGACUCAAACAUUUCGAUGAAAAAAUAAUAAAUUUGGAGUUUCUUUAAGUUUACUCAUACCUCUUUUCGAACAAAUGUAACUGAAAGAUUUAAAAACAAUAAUUGCGAGAUCGUAAUUUUAACACACGGAUCUACUUAAUAAAAAUAUAACACCUAAAACUUCAACAAUUGGAAUUUCAGAUUUUUAAAUUUUUUAUGUACAGUAUUAGUGUCAUAUGAAAGAUAAUAAAAAUUCAUGAUUAUCGAUAUUUUUUGUACAAAAAGAAGAAGAAAUAAAAAAGUUGUAAAGUUUUAAAACCUACAUUGUAUUGUCAAAUACCCAAUCAAAAUGUCUUUAAUUAUCCUUAGUGCCGGUUUGGUAGCAUGAAAAUCGGCUGAUUUGGCUGAUUCUGCUGAAAUUUAUGAAAUUCUUGUUGAAGUGGCUGCAUUGGUUGAUUCUGGUGAUUUAAGAAGAAAAAUUAUUUUUAAAAAAUAUUUUAUUGAUAAAAUAAAGAAAAAAAUAUAUGUAAAAUUAGAUAAAAUGGUCAUCUACAGUAACUUCAGCCAAUACAGCCAGAAAAGUAACUCUAAUCUUACUCCUUCUACUUAUUAAAGCCAAUACGUUUGAAGUGUCAUUUUACUUUGAAUUCAAUUUAUUGUGCAUUAAAUUCAAUUUAUAAUAAAAAAAUUUAUAUAAAAAAAUUAGAUUGUUUUUCUAGACACUAAUGAAGGAUAUGUUUAGUUAAUUCGAAAUUUACCGUUUCUUUCCUUCUUGCAUUUUAUUUUAUCUGUUUUAGAACAUUUCUCCCCUUCGAAAUUAAACGCGUGUAUCACCCUAUGUUUUGGGUCUUAUACUUCAAACGUUAGUUAUUCUAAAUUUAGCCUGCUUCUCAUUCGGUAUUCACAUACUGACCCCUUCGGGAGCCACCAUUUCAGGUUGAGGCUAAAACGUGCUACAAACACCUUUUCACGGGUGAAGAGAUCUCAAGAAAGAUGUAGUUCGUACUUCCUUUACUGUUUUGAAACUAUAAACUAUGCUCAUGGAUAUUUUGUAGGGGUUUUUUCACAACCGGCCUAAAGUCUGAAAGUAAUUUUAGUUUUUUUCAUUUUUAAAAGCUUUUUCAAAUAUAGAAAAGUUGAAGUUUCCCUUUCAAUAACAGACCCUACGCGUAAACACUCUGCUCCAGGCACUUACUCCGUAACUCUCAGGUCACGCAUGUUAAUUCAAACACUCAAAACGUUGGACCCCACUGCCUUAUUAAUAUUGAGCUCACGUACUUCCAUUUUUUAAUCUUAAUGAAAACUAACAAUUAAAAGCAAUAUAAAAAAAAAUAAUCAUAAUAAUAAUAAUAAUAAUAAUAAUAAUAAUAAUAAAUAUCAUAAUAAUAAUAAUUACGGAGUAUUAUUAUUAUAAAAAAAACUAAAACUGAAAAACAUUAUAAACUCAGAAAUAAUGUAUGAAACAGAAACAUGAUAAAUGAUCGGAAAAAAAUAUAUAUCUAUGUCGAAAAUAAUAUAUAUUUAAUUUAUGUACAAAAGUAAACAUAUACUUUAAAACAUGGAAAUCAGAAAUUUGUAUGAACACUAAAAAUGUGAAAUAUAUAUAAAGAGUAAUUUUUUAAAACUGGAAUAUAUAUACAUACACACACACACACACACAUAUAUAUAGAUUAGAGAUCAAAUACAAACCCAUCUUAAUUUACUAACCUACAAACUAAUCAAGGCCAUUCAUUUAGUUCGGAUCAACAUCUGUUUCAUGUUAACCGCUCACUUCAGACUAAUUAAAAGUAAGGAUGCUUUGGUCAAUUACUCUUCUUUUAUAAUGAAACAGAAAUCACGCUCAUUACUUUCCAUUCCCAUAAACCGUCUAUUUCCCGUUUCUUCUUUCAUUCCAUCUUUCCAAUCGAUCAAGGGUUUCAUCUGUGCGCUUAUCUUCCUCACCGAGAUUAUGAAUUGCUCGAAUUCAUCUCCCCUCCCAUCAUUAUCAUCGAACGCCAUGGAAUCUGCAGAGACUAUGCAAUUUCUAAACAAUUUCUAGGGCCACAGAGAAGGGAUGAUCAUGUUUUUUAUAGACAUUUUCAUCACAAUUUUGUUUUGAAGGGAGGGGUGUGGUGCUUGUGGAGGUCCAAGGUCAAUUAGCUGGUUAUGCAGCCGAUUCCCUAAGCAUUGGGAUGAUUUGUUAUGAUAUAGAUGCUGGCACCGAGUUCUACAAAGAGUUUGCCCCAUAAUGAUAGUAGGAAUUACCCCUUAAAUAAAUAGGAUUUCAUGAUACGAAU